CGUGUCUUCAUCUUUACUCUCUUUGUUGCUGCCGCUAGUGCUGCUUCUCUGGCACCCAUUUUCAAAGCCAGUAGUCCAAUUUAAAAUAGCUAUCUUGUAAAGAUCAAGGAUGACAACAAUAUUGACAGGGUUGUGAAGAGCCUUCCAUCUUUGGGAAUUUCAAUGACUAAACGCUACAAAGCGGCAUUCCACGGUAUCGCUAUCAACGCCCAAGCUAAGGCUAUUAAUCGUCUUCGAAGCAUGUCUGAAGUAGAAUAUAUCGAAGAGGAUGGUCUCUAUCAUGCUUCAGUAGAGUGGGGAUGCGAUCGUAUUGACCAAAGGAACCUCCCACUUGACGACCAAAUGAAUUUGUAUGGUGAUGGAAAUGGGGCCAAUAUCUACAUCGUCGACACUGGCCUGCGUCAUAGCCAUCAGGAGUACCAGGGUCGCGCACAUUUCUUCUGGGAUUUUGAAUAUUCGAACAGGGGUGAAGAUUGCAAUGGACACGGUACUCACUGUGGAGGUACAUCUGCUGGGAUUACGGUUGGUAUCGCCACAUCGGCUAGUCUUUAUAGCGUUCGUGUUUUGAAUUGCAUGGGAGCUGGAUCGACAACAAAUAUCGUAAAAGGUUGUGAUGCCAUUACCGACGGCGGUUCGAAACCUGGUGUGGCCUCGCUGUCUCUUGGCGGGGGUGCAAGUACUGCCAUGGAUAGUGCUGUGCAGAGAAUGAUCGAUGCAGGAUACACUGUCUCCAUAGCUGCCGGUAAUGACGAUGCCAACGCAUGCAACACUUCUCCUGCAAGAGUUGAAGCCGCGCUGACAGUUGGUGCCACUGAUAGUGACGAUGGGCGGGCAUCAUAUUCCAACUAUGGUACUUGUGUGGAUAUCUUUGCACCUGGAAGUGAUAUUAGAAGUUCCUACCAUCUCCAUGACGGUUCAUAUGCUGUUCUCAGUGGAACUUCGAUGGCAUGCCCUCACGUAACUGGUGUCGCAGCUGUUCAUUUGGGAGCUGGUACUUGUGCAACUAAUGCUGCAUGCAAAAACAAGAUAAUUAGUGAGGGUACGAGCGGUGUUGUAGGCGACCCGGGUGUUGGAUCACCAAAUCUUCUAUUGUAUUGCGAUUAA